CAAUCAUUGAUCACAGAGAAGAAGAAGUUCAGCAGCAAAACACGGAAGAGCUUUACUGUAGUGAGCUGGAGCGUUCUGCAUUUUAGUAACUACUGUAUUUACUUCUGCAAUGCGGUUUUGGCUGAUAGCUUGACAUGAUGACAUGAAGUUGCUUUAGAUGGUACAAAUUAGUUGUUUCUACCCAGAGAUGUUUAACAAGUCGUAUCAGCUGCUCCCUCAGAAGGAGAACUGUCAGAGGACUCCUGGCUUGUUUGUGGACAGUAGCAGCUUCACACGCCGAGACUACAAACAAGGAUUUUCUUUUGACAACAUCCCCAAUGUUUCUGCGAACGACUUCACUGACACCUCCCAAGGAUGGCUCUCCUGGAUCUGCAACCUGAUUGUCAUCUUCCUCGUCUACAUCCUCACAUUCAUAACGUUUCCUAUAACGGGAUGGUUUGUGCUGCGAACUGUGCCUACAUACCAGAGGAUCGUAGUGUUUCGUCUGGGUCGAGUUGGUCCUCCAAAGGGCCCUGGCAUUGUCCUGGUGCUGCCCCUCGUUGACCAGUGGCAGAGAGUGGACCUGCGCACCCGCGCUUUCAACAUCCCCCCCUGCCAGGUCACUACUCUGGAUGGCGGUGUGCUAUUAGUGGGAGCAGACAUCCAGUUCAGGAUCUGGAGUCCCGUCAUGUCGGUACUAUCAGUCCAGGACCUGAAUGCCUCAACCAGGAUGACUGCACUGAACGCUUUGACCUACAGCCUGGCUAAGAAGACGGUCAGGGAGAUCCAGAAUGAGAGAGUCAAACUUGGAGAAUAUCUCGGGAUGGACAUAAAUGAGAUGACUCAACCGUGGGGGCUGGAGGUGGACAGGGUUGAGCUUACCCUGGGCUCUGUGCUAAAAGCACCCGGUGAAGGCCCCUCCGGAGCCCUCAUCAUGCCUCCCUGUGUGCCGGGACUCGAAGGCCUCGCUGGCCCCAUUCAGCAGUUGGCCAUGCACUUUCUGGGCCAAAGUGGUAUUUCAAAGCCUCAAAAGGACGACAGCGUAACUUUUACAGAUGAACUCAGCAGUGCCCCUCAGGGAGCUGUGACCACACCGGGCUGCGUUGAAGAGCUGGUGGACCAAGUCAAGCUGGUGCUCUCAGAAACUUUGGUCGCCCAGGUCGGGGCCUGCUUUCAGUUCAACAUAAGCUCAGAAGAUGGACAACAUCACAGUUACUACGUGGAUUUGAGCCAAGGAAGCGGUGCAGCUGGUGCAGGAUCCUUGUGCAAAGAGCCAGAUGUGACACUUGGCUUAAGUGACAUCGACCUUCUGGCCAUGUUCCAGGGCGGACUACAACCAUUUGCUGCCUACACCAGUGGAAGACUCAAAAUCCAGGGAGAUAUUAAGACUGCCAUGAAGCUGGAAGAACUCAUAAAGCUAAUCAAAGUUUAGGUUGGAUAUCUUGAUAUCUAGUGAAAAGAGUUCACUAGACUUAAAAACGAUUGAGAAGAAAACAACGGCAGCUAGCAGCACCAACUCCAAAAGUCACAAAAUCUAGUGAGAUUCAGCCCUCCUCAGUAGCAUCUCCACCAAAAUGAUCAAAAUCAACAAACAUGGCUGUUAGUAGUUUUUCUGUCCCAAAUAAAAUUAUUGGGUGGCCGAUUACAUUGUUGAGGAGACAUGAAUAGAAUUUUAACAAAUAUAACAAAAUCAUCAGAUUAUGCAUGAUCAAACAAAAGGGAAUUUAAAAUGGCAGCAAUGAAACUAAUAAAAAAAAAAAAUCCCCUAUUAUUUCCAAACACAGUUUUAAGAAAUUUAGCUCAUUGCCUUUGUAUGUGUAUUUAUCAUUUUUUAUCAUUUUAGAGGUACGAUACUGUGUAUGUUGAUUACCAUUGUUAUAAACAGAGUUCCUGUUAUGGCCUUGUCUUUCUUCACAAAUCAAAUCAGAUCCGCGUUGACAAAAACAAUCCAUUUGAAGGUCUUUAGGGCCUAAUAUAAGUUGGCAUCGUCUCAAUUUUUACACAUCUAAACCUACUAAAUACUAACGCGCUGUGUUAUUCAACUGGAGAGCCUUGAUCAGCAAAGGG